UGAUCGUGCCCGAAAAUCGCAAAUCGCGCAUUCGCAUGCAAAUAAACGACCGAAACGCAUUACCGGCAUUAGUAGCAUGCUCGUACGUGUACUACACGGAUGAUAAAUCCAACUCAGAGACGACGAAGAGUUUUCAACAUCAAGAUCCAGAAACAGUUCUAGCUCUAGGCAAAGACACCGCCACGCGAAGAUGUCCUCGACCAGGCAAGCAAGUCAAACGGGAGGUGGUGCAAAGGGCGUUUCUCAGCCCAGCACAGGAUCCACCUCUUCUACGACUCUCUCGCAGCAAGCACGUCGGUUUUCGCUUCCCGCAACACGGGUCCCAGCCCCGAUUUUGUUCAAUACGCAGCCAGCUGGAAGCGGCAAAAUCAACUUGCAAGGUGGCGCGACUAGCAGCAGCAGCAGGAUCGUGACUUCAACGCGCGUUGUCACGACUGGACCUCGUCCCACGACUGCAGUCAGUGGUAGUGCGACUGUCGCACCAGGGUCGCAGAACAAGGUUUUGGAUCGCGGGAGCUCACCCAUGCCACGAAGCCUGCUCACGACAGGGCCGCCGAUUCACGCGGCAAGUCGGUCCACGACACCUCGUCUCCUCCGAUUCGACCCCAGCACGAUGGGAAAGUUUACAAGUGUCAGUCCCGCUGUCUCACGUUCGGUCUCUGCCGCGCGGUCGCCCAGUGUGACAGGCGGCACGCCGACGCUCGUGCAGCAUCCAACGCCAAGACACAGCACGACCACGCUGCCAGAGGCGCCUUCUUCCGGAAAGAAAUCUACUACAGCUGCUGGGGGUAGUGCAAAUAAGAAGGAGCCUGAAAAAAAGCCUGCUCCGAAUUCAACUUCAACGACGAAUGGUACGAUCAACCCGCCACCGAAGCAAUUUUUGCAGGUGCCGGGUGGUGGGAAGGUCCUAUCGACGCCCCAGGUGAACACGAAGCUGACUUACUACACGCCCACGGUCCCGAAAACCAUUCUGCAAACGUCUUCGUCCGUGCCUGCGAUGAUUCCGGGCACGGCGUUGAAUUUGAAAACAGAUUUUGGCAAUAUUCCCACGCCGACGAUCCAAAUACCGGCCGCGACGUCCAGCCACAAACCGGCUCAAACAACAACCUCAGUCGCGAAGCAGAAGUCACCGGCUUCGGUAGUUGCGCCCUCUCCGCGAGGCGGUGGGUCAACAUCGGUUCAAGUUCCUGCACCGUCGAGUGCCGUCAAAGCACCAUCCGCGAUGCGCGUUCCCUUCGGAGUGAUUGCGGGCCCGAAGCCGUUAUCGACCGAUCUUCCAAACCGCACCUGGGAUACGCUGCCUUUGUUGAAAAUCAUCUGA